UGUUGGCAAUUAGUGAAAGUGGUAAUUCCAAUCCAUGUUAAAUUCUAUAAUCCAAGGGUAUCUUUCGCACGUGUUGAAACGCCGCACCCCAUUUUAUUUAACCAUGUUAACCUCCAACCCAUCAAUCUAUUUACCUUAUCCAACCCCCCCAAUCCAAGACCACCAGUCCCUACGCCCUCUCCUCCUCCCUCUUCCUCUGCUCCCCCUCCAACACCUCCCUCUCCCUCUGCGCCUUCUCCCCCACAGCCUUCUCCCCCUUCGCCCUCUGCCUCGCCUCAUACCUCUCCCUACUCCUCAUAAUCCUCCCCACAAUCUCCCCCGCAUUCACAUGCUGAAACACAUGCUCCCCAAUCUCCUUAUACACCCCCAUCCCCUUCGCUGCCGCGUACGGAUCAUACGUCAACGGCAUAAAGCUCGUUGGGCCGUGGUACACCGCGUCCGGCGUGCCCCACGGCAUCGACGACAAGUACGCCGCCGUGGGCGUGAAGGGUGCCCCGAACACGACUGCCGAUACGUACCUGCAUUGCAGCACGCACAGCCCGCGCUCAUAGAUAUUCAUGAUCGGGUAAUUAACCCCCUUCCACCGAUUAAUCGUCUCGUCAUCAUGCACCCCCGCCACCACAAACGCCGGUCCAUAAUCCCCCCCCCUCCCCGUCCGCUCAAACGUAGCUUCCUCGUUAUACCAGCCCUCCUCGCGCCCGCGCGCUUCCUCGGCCUCAAUAACACAGCGCAGGAACUCAAUGUGGCCCGAGGAGAAGAGAUCAAAGCCCCCGUCGACGUAGACGACGCGCUGCCCGGGCUGCGGCUUGAGGCCCGCGCAGAGAGAGCUGAAUGUUCCUUUUUCUUCGGCGGUAUUGUCUUCGCGCGCGCUGGCGGAGGCGGUCCAGAACCAGACGUCUGCGCCGGGGUUGAGGCCCGUGGCGUCGGUGGCGUAGAGGCGCAUGCGCGCUGUCAUUGCUUUCCCCUCUGCUUCUCUCUCUGCUUCGCUUCCGGAGCCCUCUUUGCCCUCUAG